GUCUCCGACAAUAGUAUUAACAACAACAAUAAUGACAAUAACAGUCAAGCCAUCGGUAUCAACAACGUGAAAAGUCACACCAAUGGCAAUAACAACGACGAGAACGAUGUACUUCAGAUACCCGUGCAGGCCGCGCCUACCGUCCCAGCGUCGUUACCCGCCAAGAGUCCUUUACGCGAACAACAGCAACCAACAGCCGGUGGGAACAUAGUGAAUAGUAACACCAAACCAAACCAAUCGGCCUCGGCAGACACGGUGUUGCUGAUGAAAAAGUCAAGCCUUAUCAACACCAACAAUGGUUGUAAUACAACAAUAAACCCCGCCAUUAUUUCCCACAAAACGAUGGACUACGUGAGGCGCAAUAGCUACAACGAUAUAAGUGAACGGAAAGAUCCGCUAAACGCGUUGGUUAAAAAUGGAGGCUCGAAACGAAAUGCGCUGCUGAAGUGGUGCCAGAAUAAAGCCGUUGGCUAUCGAAAUAUUGACAUCACGAACUUCAGCUCCUCCUGGAACGAUGGGCUGGCCCUGUGCGCCAUUAUGCAUUCCUAUCUACCCGACCGAGUGCCGUACGAUAAACUCAACCAGAACGAUAAAAGACGCAAUUUUAGUCUCGCCUUCGCAGCAGCAGAGAGUGUUGGCAUUCCGACAUCUUUGAGCAUUGACGAGAUGUGCCUUCAGGAGAGACCGGACUGGCAGCAAGUGAUGAGCUAUGUAACGGCCAUUUAUAAACAUUUCGAAACCUAGUAAUCUGCAUUCCACGCGAGUGUAUAAGCAUGUGUGUUUUGUGUGUGUGUGUCUUUAUACAUUUUACCAUUCCUUACGACUACAGGCCUUGCAAGCUUGCCGGUUCUGUACAGGGCAUGUUGUCACACCACAACAAGGAGGACAACGAUAUGGGCUUCGUUUGCUGUAGCUACAUCGAAGAAGAAGGGGUGUGGUGGAAAGCGUUCUGAAUUACUCUACAUUUUACUUGUUAUUUAUUUUUUAUCAAAAAUAGACGCGUCCUCCCCCGGCUUCUGAUAAUUUUCCUAUUUCAAGCAAAUUGUAUUAUUGUUGUUGAAAUAUAAAUGAACAAUCUAUUCACA